AUGUCUCGAUUUUCUCUCGUUAUUCUGCUUUCCUUGGUUGUGGCAAGUGCGAACCAGUGGUGGUGGGAAUACGAAGAACUACCCCAGCCGGUAUUUAACAUGGUGGAUAAUCUCGUUACAUACGCGAACGGGCUGCCGCUCGAUCAUAAGAAUGAAUCUGUCAGAGCACUAUUCGAGGCAUUGAAAGUGGUUUCGAAGAUUAUGAGACUAAUCGCAGAAAAUCCUUCGGCAUACGUGUGCUUCGGCAUUCAAUGUAUGCAGAUGAACAACUAA